AUGACUGGACUUGCCAAAGUGUUGCAUGAGCAAGGAAGAUACGGAGAGGCUGAGACAUUGCUGCGCAAAGUGGUCAAGACACGGACCACCAAAAUGGGAGAAGAUAUUCCAACCUACGAAGUACUGCGCCAGCUAGCAGCAACUCUAGUUGCUCAAGGGAAGCAUUUGGAGGCCGAGAAGCUGUACCGACAGGCUGUGCAGGGUCUCACUGCUAUGCUGGGAAAUCAGCAUUUGAGGACAUUGUCAUGCCUCAGAGGACUUGCCGCAGUUCUCCAUCGGAACAGCAAGCUGGAGGAGGCUGAGCUUGCCUACAAGCGAAGCUACGUAGGCUUGAAAGCAAAGCUGGGCACAAAGCAUUACAAGACACUUGCAGCCAUGGAAGGCUUGGCAGCAGUUCUCCGAGAUGCAGGCAAGCCAGAGGAAGCCGAUCAUCUCUUUGAGAAGCUCACCGUGGUCCUGACUUCCGCCUAUGGUGAGAACAGCCUCCAAACUCUAAGUGCAGUUGGACAUCAUGCAUCAAAUUUGAAAGACCAGGGCAAGCUGGAAGAAGCAGAACAACUGUACCGCCAAGUUCUGCAGGGCCUUGUUCAGCAAUUUGGCAAUGACGAUAUGCUGAGCUUAUCCUGUAUGAAUAAACUUGGAGGAGUGCUUCACCAACAACAGAAGCUUACAGAAAGCGAGAAUAUCUUCAGGUUGACAGUAAGCCGCCUUACAAAGCACUUUGGUUCGGAGCACCCGGAGACACGUAAAGCAACGCUAGGCUGGGCCAUGGUUUUAAAAGAGCAGAACCCCAGCGAAGCUUUGACACUCUUCCAGCGCCUUCAGCCCAACAGAGCGCGAAAGCCCAACCUCCGGCGUCCGAACUCUUUUCAUGGACGAGGCGAACCGAAGCUGGACAUGAGCGCCAAUUUCGGCCGCCAUGUCACCAGCCGGCAAUUGCUGCUGCUUCCACUUUACGUCUUGUCGGCCCGGAAGCUACUCUACUCCUUGGUGGGCUCAAAAGAUGGCAAGGCUCAAACAGAAGCCUUGCAGCGCAUCCUAAGGAUGCCGGUCCACAACAUCAUGCUUGCACUCUACCCACGAGUGUAUCCUCUACCUGGGAAUACACCAGAAGGAGUUGAUCUUCCCAGGCAUUGCCCAGCAGCAGAGGAGCAAGUGUCCAGGGGGCCAGCGCCUGCCUACCUGGUGACCAAUGGCUUCGGCAUGUGGUAUCACCAAUCAGGCGAUCGGCCAGAGCUACGAGAGGCUGCCGGUGAGCUGGCCGAAAGGAUCAGAGAGGUGCUUCAGCCGGUCUCAGACUGGAUUCCACUAUUUGACUUGCCGCGCCUAUCUGUUCCUUUGAAGACGGAGGAAAAGAUCAUGCAGGAGGCUACCCCAAGCGGCCGGCCUCGCUAUGGCAGUCGCACGCCACACAUUGCAGCAGUGGCGAAGAGCUCUUCCGAGCACAUCUCUUGGCCUGAGAAGGUGUUGCUGUCCUCCCUCUUUGUCGAAGGCACGGGUGUCACAGAGAUGUCGUAUUCUGACUGGGUCCUCUUUCUUCAGGAGCAGUUGGCUCUUCGUCUCUCCGAGAGCUAG